CUAAAAACUAAUACUGCAUUAUUUUUUUCGGGAACCGUGAAACAAAUCGACACUUUGACACGUCUGAUGAAUUCCUGCAUUUGUGACCUCCAGAGUUUCACGAUUUCGAUGACAGUUUGACGGAUGAUCACAUACCUGUAUCCUGUCACGAAAGUCAUGUAAAUGCAGCAUGGAAAAUGUAGGUAGAGACAAUCUACCCUUCACAUAGAGUGAGAUCUUCUGCCAGUCAGACCUGUCGACCCCCCCCCCCCAGGAUAUUUAGCUCCGCCCAUCUGUGACCCCUGACCUCUGACCCCACAAUGUCUGACGGCUUGAUGGAUCAGGAUCAGGAGAGCGCCCCCUUGGCAGGGAAGAAGGGAAAACCGAGCAAGAACAUCGAGUGGGGGAAGUUUGGAUUGAAGGAGGACCAGCCCGGCGAGAAUGGUGCAGCGCUGGCAGGGGAGGGAGAUGGGUACCAGACCGGCGGGGGCAAGGAGAAAAUCCAGGAGCUUUAUGAUGAGCAGCAGGGAUCAUUGACAAGCCAGAAGCCAUGGUGGAAAGCCAACUUCUUCGUCAGGGAGCCGGUUCUCUUCGGUACGUGGGACGGCGUCUUCACGUCGUGUAUGAUCAACAUCUUCGGUGUGGUCAUCUUCUUGAGAACCGGUUGGGUUGUGGGUAAUGCUGGUAUCGGCCUAUCUUGCCUCAUAGUUGUACUUACCGUCAUAGUAGCCCUCGUGGCAGCUCUAGCGGCCAUUGGUGUCUGUGAGAGAUGCCAUAUAGAGAGCGGCGGCGUCUAUUUCUUAGUUUCCAAAGUUCUAGGAGCCAGGAUAGGGGGAGCUAUCGGGAUGUUAUAUGUAUUUGGACAGACCGUAGCAUGCGCCCUCUACUGCACAGGGUUCGGCGAGUCCGUCGCGGAGACCUUCCAAUGGGACAACACGUGGGCCGUCCGCGGGGUGGGCAUUGCCACGAUCCUGCUGCUACUGGCCGUCAACAUUGCCGGGGUCAAAUGGGUGAUCAAGAUGCAGCUGAUCCUGCUGGCCGUGCUGGGGAUCGCCACGCUGGACUUCCUGGUGGGGACAUUCGCCCAGUCGGACCGGGAAAAUGGCGUCCUAGGCUUCAACAGCCUCGCCUUCACCAACAACUCGGGCCCCUCCUACUUAGAAGGCGAGAACUUCUUCACGGUCUUCGGCGUCUUCUUCCCGACGGCGACCGGCGUGAUGGCGGGCAUCAACAUGAGCGGGGACCUGAAGAAUCCCAAGAAGAGCAUCCCGUACGGCACGCUGUCGGCGCUGGGCGUGACGACUAUACUAUACUUGCUUUUUGUGUUGCUACUCGGGGCGACGUGCGCUCGUUAUGCAUUGCAGGAAGACUACAUGAUUGCAGAAAAGGUAUCUCUGGUAGGGUUCCUAUGGCUGAUGGGCCUGUACAUCUCCAGUUUGUCCUCCUGUCUAGGGGGUCUAUACGGAGCCCCUCGCAUCCUUCAAUGCAUCGCUAACGAGAACGUCAUCCCCAUCAUCAAAGUGCUGGGCCACGGGAAAGGGCCCAACAAGGAGCCAAUCUUUGCCUCGCUAGUCGUUUGUUUCGUCGCCAUCCUCUUCAUCUUCAUCGGUCACGUGAACGAGUUGGGCCCCAUCGUCACCAUGCCGUUUCUUGUCACUUACGCAGCCAUGGACUAUGCCUACUUCUCCCUGGCCAUGAGCUACGACAAGGAAAAAAGCGCCAAGUCCAAGAAAGAGAAGGACAGCCUCCUGGCGCACGUCCUGAACAAGAGCGACGACAAGACGUAUGGCGCCCUCAAGAGUGACGUCUUACCCAAGGACGACCCCUUGCACGAGUUCAAAGAGGACAUCGAAAAGGCCGAGAAGAUGUUUCCCAAGAAGGACGAGGAGAAGACGGGAGGACAGCCCGCGGGUGAGGACUACGACGGAUGGGAGAAGAACCGAGGGGGCGGUGACGGACCGGUGGACGUCAGCGACAAGGAAGGGCUGAUUGAUUCGAGCGAUGGGCAAGAUAAGCAAGAUAACAACAGACCAUUUGGCACCGUCGAUCGCAUGCCAGCAUCGUGGUAUUCUAGGUUCUGCAAUCGAUGGGUGUCUUUUCUUGGAAUCCUAGCUUCGUUUGUCAUCAUGUUUGCCAUCCAGUGGGGCUACGCUCUUGCCAACGUCUCCGUCUACUUAAUCCUCUACAUCUACAUCGGCCAGGCCAACCCCGGGGUGACUCCGGGCAUCUCAGAGUUCAAAUUCUUCCAGUGGAUCAAGUCGCUCUUCAACAGGCUAUGCAGAAGGACCCCACCCCCAGAGGAGCAGAUGGUGGUCCACUCCUCUCAGAACUUUGCGCCGCAGAUCACCACGGAGCAGCUUACAGAGGACAACCAGGACUUCGCCUCAAGAGGGCGCUAUCACCAGUCCAUGGUCAACGACGCCAACUUCGACGAUUUUGAGUACGGUCAGGAACAGUAGCGCCGCAAAAUGUAUUAUACACACAUUUACACAUAAGGUUCACAUACCGAUAGUCUUUUUCAAAAUAUGGCCGACACAACAUGAAGGCGCUAUUCGGAGUGGGUAAAUUUGCCAAAGAGUAACUUUUCAAGAGUUUACCCGCAAUCAAAUAGCGCCCUCGUAUUGUGUCCAAAUCUCAAAAAGUGAAUUUUCUUGAACCUACUUCACUUUUCUACAGUCCUUGUGGUCACAAAUCUCUUUCUCUGAGAAAAAAUUGCGAAAGGAAAUAAGGAAUUAAGAGUAGCUUGAUGCCAUGCAAAUGACCUCAGGUCAAAGGUUACACAAAAAUCUAUCCAAUCAUGACACCAGAGGGCAGUAUUACAUACUUGUUGUCAACAAAAUCAGCUGUUUAAGUCAGUUUUCAAAACAUUUGAAGAACUUUCGAUGACUUUUUUUUUGUGUUUUAAAAUUGGCUUUUAAAGUUAGUGGUCUUAGCAAUUUGAUGGUCACAGUUUCAAACUUUGCGGUCAGUAACUAUUCCAUUCAUUAUUAAAACGGGUUUGGUAUGAAUUUACCAAGUUUUUUGUUAAGGUUGUCACACUAAUGUUUUAUUUUAAACUAAAGACCAAAUUUACCACAAAUCCUUCAGACAUAGCAACAAAACAAAUCAACAUGUAGUCAAAUGUCAAACAUUUCUUGUCCAAAGAUUUUCGGUUGUUUUUCUUCGAAUGGAAACUUUUUUUGCAAAUUGUUUGAGUUCAUGCUGUUAUUUUCAUGAGGUUGAGUUGCAUGUAAAAACCUAGUAUUCAGUUUAUUGUCUGCACUCAUAGAGGUAUUUAUCUCGAGUAUAAAAUCAAAAUGAUAAUAUGUUUCAUUGUUUUAGAGACAGUGUCAGAAUAAUAAGUUAUUGGUCGUGUAAACUGUGCUAAGUUGUAUAUUACUUGUGUAUGAUAGUGAAAAUGAGUUGUACAUAGAUGAAAUUACAUAGCAUGCUGCAAAGUUAGCGUUACAUUGUAAUUUUUAAACUGGUCCAACAUUUGUUUAUUUUCCAAUGAUCGCAUUUUGUUUUAAAAAACAAUUUACUCCCAGUUGCACGACCACUUCAUUUUCUUAAUUCAAAAGAGUGUAAAAAAGUGAAGUGUGAAGCAAUUUUGUGGAGCUUAAAAACAAAACAGGAAUUUGCUAAGCACAAAAAUAUUUGCUUACUAAAAACAGUUUUCCAGCCAAAAUGUUGUGUUGAUUGGGACUCUUUCUCAGCUGAAUAUGCUAAGCGCAAAACAAAUGGUACUGGGUAAUUGUUAUUUUCAUUUUGGUGGAAAUUGUUUGAAUUUUGUUGAAUUCGGGAGGGUUUGGGAUAACACUGAGCUUUCAGAAAAUGUUUACAAGAAAAACUAAAAAAAAAAAAUUAAGAAACAAACAAA